AUGAACAGCCGAAACCAAAACGAAAGAAAAGCCCUCAGUGCCGUUGUUAUCUUCUAAAAUUCCUGAAGAAUGGAGACAAACGGCCAGGCUAAUGGGCUAAAAUCCAGAAAGAAAGAAAACGGUGAUGGAAAGGAUAACUUAUGGUCUGCGAUUUUAGAAGAAGUCCAAAAUCAGGGUAACACCAAAUUACCGUCAAAUAAGAAUGUGUUAGUUUUGGGUGACAAUGAAACUGGGAAAACUACACUUAUAGCCAAAUUGCAAGGAGUUGAAGAUCCCAAGAAGGGAUCUGCGCUCGAAUACGCAUAUAUAGAUGUUAGAGAUGAAUAUCGCGAUGAUCACACGAGACUCAGUGUUUGGGUGCUGGAUGGUGAUCCAGGACAUACAAAUUUGCUCAAGUUUGCUCUCAAUGAAGAAACAUUCCCACAUACCCUAGUGAUAUUCACAGUGGCCAUGACCACACCCUGGGGUAUAUUAGAUCAACUGCAAAGCUGGGCAUCAGCUCUUGGUGACCACAUAGACAAAUUAAACUUCACUCCAGAACAAAGGCUGGAGAGCAAGAAGGCACAGACUCAGAAGUGGCUACGGUACACGGAGCCGGGCGACGAGCUGGAGCCGGCCACGUCGCCCAUGAAACGCUCCUCCAGGAACCUGGCCGACGAGCUCGCACACGACGACGACGAUGAUGCACCGCUUCCAGAAGCCGUUCUCACCACCAACCUCGGCCUCGACAUUGUGGUCGUGGUAACAAAGACUGAUUAUAUGAGCACACUGGAGAAGGAGCACGAUUACCGCGACGAGCACUUCGACUUCAUGCAGCAGUGGAUCCGGCGCUUCUGCCUACAAUACGGCGCGGCGCUGUUCUACACCAGCGCGAAGGAGGACAAGAACUGCGACCUCUUGUACAAAUACCUUACCCACCGGAUAUACGGGCUGCCCUUCAGGACGCCCGCGCUCAUUGUGGAGAAAGAUGCCGUGCUCAUACCCGCGGGAUGGGAUAGUAUGAAAAAGAUUAGUAUAUUGUAUGAAAACAUGCAGUCCUGUAAGCCAGACGAUUACUAUAGAGAUAUCAUCGUUCAACCGGCCACGAGGAAAAGCGGCGGGCUGCGCGAGGCGGAGGUGUGCGCGGAGGACGAGCAGGCGUUCCUGCAGCGGCAGCUGGCCGCGCUGCAGGCCGGCGCGCCCGCGCCGCGCGCCGACUCGCCGCUGCGCGCCGCGCAGCGCACCGCCGCACAGCUGGAUGGCACGAAAAUCAGCAUGGGUGGCGGGUCGCCCGGCAACGAGGGCGUGCUGGCGAGCUUCUUCAACUCGCUGCUGUACAAGAAGACGGGAUCUCCGGGCGCGCGCGCCGCAGACGCGUCGCCCGCCGCCGCCGCCGCGCGCUCCGACGCGGCCGCCGAGCUCGACCGCCUCACGCGCGCCAAGCGCCUCGCGUCCGACUGCUAGCCGCGCCCGACACCUAACUUAUGUGGCGAACGAACAGAACCUCAAUUUAGCUCUGGUAUCUUCCGAGAGCAUUGCUUGCGCACCGCGUCAAUAAAAGUUUCAACCUUAGUCUAUAUAUUGCUGGCUUGUACUUCGUUGUCAACGCGUCGGUGUACUCACGCGUUGUUAUAUAUUGUACACAUCUAUACAUUCGACUGUGUAAUGUACUACUUGGUACAUGUGCUCGAGUCAUCUGUACGCGUGCAUUUGAUGUUUUACGUCGUGGUGUCGCUUGCAAUUGGCAACAAAAAUCCAUGCGUGACUAAAACGCGCUGUGAUUGGUCGGUUGAACUCGACGGACGAUUGCUAUUGGCCGAAAUCGAUACUGAUCUAACGUCACCGCGAUUGUUUCGCGGUAAAGAGUAAACAACGGCAGAGUGAUUUAUUGUAUUGUUUAUAUAAAGGAUUAGAUGUAUUGUAAACUUAAUUGUUUGGAUUAGGAGCAUUUUUCUCAUAACGAAAUAAAAUUUAUUUUUUAAUUACUCUGUAUUGUAUAAGUUAGCGUAGAAGAAACAAUAGAAAUAAAAUAUGACUGCAAUGGUCCCAUUACUAAUAACUAGUAUUAUGAAGUAUGUGUUACAGAAAAUUUACAUGUUAUAUGAUGAUUUUGAUUUUAACUUCGAAUUUGAGUUAUGAUAUGAAAAAUGCGCCUCUUCCAUCAAAUAGGAACAACUUUGUAAUACAUUUCCAUUACACUACAGUGAAGGUAAAGCAAGAAACUUUCCUAUUCAGUAAUUGUUUUAUUUGUAAAAUGUUUUAUGAUAUUAAUUAAGUAUUUAUUUAGUUAGCUUGAAGUGUAACUGGAACGUUUAUUAUAUGGUUAUGUGACGGCAACAAUACGUUUUAGUGAGAACAUGGAUUUUUACCACAAAAAUCCACAUUUACUUUAGAUCUAGUGCCGUCAGUAAUGUAUACAUACAGCUGGUUCGUCGUGCCCGUGGAAUUAAUAUUUGAAUAAGUAAAUACUUUUCUAUGUGUAUAAAAUGGGUAUUGCAGACAAUCGAUAAGAAUUCUGCCAGCAAGCACUGUAGACAAACAAUGAUAAGAAUAAUACCACGGGGACGACCGGCCGCUGUACUUAAUACCAGGGAUGGUUAAGGACUGCUGAGAUUAAAAUGUUCCCAAAACACGUGAUCUUCUGUGAAGACUGGCCCGUGCAAUGUUCAUGCACAAUGAAGUCACUUUUUUGUACAAACCGUUGAAUUUUGUAACAAGAACGGCAACAGCGACUAUUUUAUGUCAGCCCACUUUACUUGAUCGUUAAAAUUUACACGCUGGUAGGAAGCGCCAAUCUUUUAAGUGGCAAUACUUCAGAUUACGAAAAAUUGUUGAAGUCAGUAUUAUGUCAAUUAUUUGCUUCUGUUUCUUCAUAUUUCUUUAAAAUUCUGAGUACGUAAUAAAGAAUAAUAUUUUAAAAUGUUCUAUUGAGGGUAUUUGUAAAACUACGCUUCAUCGGCAGCGUGUAAGCAUAAACGGAGUAAAUGUGUAUGCGUACAAAAAUGUGAUAUAUGUGAUUGUUGCCGUUAAUAUGUCGUCGCUGGUAAAUGUUUGCCUAAUGCAUACCAUUCGGCAGCUACUUAUCCGAAAAUAAACAUAUAUGGUAAGAAACAUAUCUGCGAAUAUAUGUAUAUUUGAAUUUUUCUUACUACAACCGCGGCGAGUUCGCUAUAGCUCAGGCACACAUUUAUCAAAAACGGAUUUUUUAUUUAAAUAGUUAUUUUAUCGGUUCAAGUUACAUGUAACUCGCUCAUUUCAUUUGUUUCAUGUACAUUAAUUGAGAUUGGAAUUAAUGGUGACCUUUAUUGUUGCUUGUGGUAACCGAAUUUAUUUAUUUAAAAUAUACUAAUAAAUUACUCGGAGAUUUUUAUUUUACUCCUCCUGCCACAUUUAGUGCAAAUGUACUGUUAACAAUGAGUGUAAUUUUUAUAAAUCGGAUUUUGUUCUUUGUGGUGCAAUACUGAACAUUCCAAACAUGGUUUGGUGCUUAUUAUAAUAUGGUAGUAAAAUUAUCGAAUAUAAUCUGGAGUUUCAUUUAAAAUUUCACUUGCCCGUUCGCUCUUUUAUUUCACAAACCUUGGUUAGUGUUAUUUUAGCAUUAAAGGUCACUAUUAUUUAUUUUCUUGCUUAUUAUCAUUUAAGAUCAAACACUUUAAGUAAGAUAAAAGACCAUUGACCAUAUCUUUGGUACUUAAAUUUCGUAGUUUUUCUUUUGUAGUCGUAGUUAACAAGGGUAAUAAUUCAUGGAUACUGGGCUUAGCUUUUCGAAUCCAAUUCCUAAAGUAAGUAUUUAAAAAGAUUAAUUAUAAUUAUUGGGAUUUCUAACUUAUUAACUUUAGAAAUAUAAUUUUGUAUAAUUAGUUAAUAUGACACUAUUUUAGGAAUAGAUUAAUUUGAUUUUUUAAAUAAAACGGCGUAUCAUUGUGUUAGGACAAUUCAUAAAUAUUAAUACCUACUGCUAAAGUAUAUGUCUAUAAACGGCUGGGUACAUGCCUCUCAUUCCCGAAAAGUUUUUGGAACAAUAUGUAGGGCGCCAGAUAGCCCCAUUGUGUGCCGACAAACAACAGUUCUUCGAAAUAGUUUUUAUUACUCAUAUGUGCGUUUCCUCGCGAUAUUGUUCUUCUUCGCUAAGCGUGUGGCGCGACUAAAAUUGGGCUCCCGUACUAUGAAAUUUUCAGACGCGCUUAUUCCGUGAGCUACUAAGGCUCUUAACACAAAUAUAUUACAUUAUAAACUUAAUAAUUAUAUACUAAUAUUAACAGUAAAGAAAUGAAGUCGAUACGUAUGACUGCGGUACCUUGUUUAGUUCCUGUGUUGCCAUUUUCGCAUGUAUUACUGUUUAGGCUCUAUAAAAAUUAUUUUCAUUUUGUAGCCAGAUACCUAUUUUUGGUAGUAAAAUUGUGAAGGACUGUGAUGAUUAUAAAAAUUUCGACGUUUAAAUAGGUAUAUAAUAAUAAACUUGAUUUGGUAUGGUAGGGAAGGUUUGAGAAUUUUUUUUACCGGUAAAAGUGGCAAGAUGACAACUAAAGGCUGGAGAAUUCUCUGUUACAAACAGUCAAAAUCAGAGGAAAUUUUAGGUGGGUAAAUUGCAUAAUUAAAUGAAUAACGAUGUUAUGUGUUUGUACAUGUUUUGUAGUGGUAUACUUUUUCUUCCAGAAGAGUAUUUCUUUGGUUAAAUUGUAGGCAUUUUAAUGAAUGUAAAUGAAGUUGUCAAAUUAAAUGUAUAAGAUACAAAUGCAUAAUUUAACCUAACGUAAGAUUUUCAGUAUAAAAUUAAACGACAUGUGUUGCACGAUGAAGCCAUAAUUUACACUUUCUAUAUUCUAAAAUGCCAAUUCGCUUUAGUCACAGUGUCUUUUUGAAAUAUUAUAUUUAUUAUUGUACUGGAAAAUAUACUACUUAAAUUUCAAUUUAUUGCUCAUUGUUUAUUUCUACUUUGUAUUAACUAGUCAAAUUAUCAGUUCUUUUUGUAUUUAGAUUUCAAUUUUGUUACGUUUUUCUCUGUGAUAUGAUUCUGUAGAACAAGUUAGUAUUAUCUAACUGCAAGAACCUAGCUACAUAACGCACUCAUACUGGGCAAGAGUAUAAGCAAAUCACUUCUCUAAUUUUUAAAUAAAACAUUGAACUUAUCCUUUAUUUUCUUUUUCCAAAUCUUUUACGUUCUGUUUGUAAGAUAUUUUCCGUUAUUAUUUAUUGUUUUGGUAAAGUUUUCAGUUCUUGCAUUAUGUCACCUCUCAAGAAUACUUUUUUAUCUUUUGAUAUAAUAAAUAGUUACAAACCUAAUUGUACAAAAAUAUAAGUUUUCAAAGUUGAUCAUAACUAUCAGGUAACCUAAAAAGAAACAAAACUUCCUUCUGAGUGCUCAUAUCAUACAUGUGUUACUUUGUAUUGCGUUUGUUGCGAUCUUAUUUGAUUAAAUAGGGGUGACACACCCCUACAUAAAUGUAAAUAUUACUAUCAUUUAAUUAUAAAUCUUAUAUGUAUAUCUUGGGAUACUAAAUAAAGUAUAUUGUAACUUUGAUGAACUUCUUGAAGGGGCAUUAAAAUUUGUCAUAAUUUUUAAAUAGUAAUAAUUUUCAUUUCUAGUACACGAGUUAAAGAAGCAACGUGAUAAAAUACUAAAGUUUUUCUUCGUAUAUUGAACUAAUAUAUAAAUAACAGACUACUAAAAACUCAACUAUACAUUUGUACAAUGAUAAACUAAUGGUAAUUAUGAUCAAUUUUGUGAUUAGAUUUGCAAGUUUGUGGAAUAUAAUAGCGCUCCUUUAAACCAUCCAAUAUAUGUACGUUGAUAAUAUUUUAUUACUACUAUGGGUGUUAUACCGUAAUUCAGUUAGUUUAUAUUAAAACUUAAACGGCAGGUAGUGGCUUAGAUUACGUACACGUAGUUCGCCUCAUUAUUGUUAAUAAUGAUAACUUGUAAAGAUGCAGUUUAUGGAUAGAAGUUUUCUCUUCCACAUAAACUUCUCAGUUUAUUGUAUUUAAUUAACAAGAUAUAAUAAAAUAAAGAUUAUUUAUAAUAUAACACACUCGACUCCGUAAAUAAUCAAUUUUACAGAGCAAACGAGCGUAUUUUUUUAUCUCAUUCUUGUAGCCUGCAAUUAGUUCUAAGCUUUAUUGGCAAUUAUUGUACAGAUUUUUGGAAAUAAAAAUAGCACAGAAAUUGUC